AUGCCACACACAUUGUUAACCCUUCAUCAUUCCAUCAAACACCCUUACAUCACAGCAACCUCCAUCUUCCAAUUCCCAUCAUCACCUAUCAUCUCCCUUCCACGGAACCACCAUCAACACAACAACCCACCUUCGUUCAGCAUAAUACCCUCUCCUCUUUACACCACUUGUAAUUCUCGACGACGAAUCCAAAUUUCAUCUCUCUCUGCGUUUCACUCUCUUGUCGAUGAAAUUAAAUGGAAGAUGCAGAUGGAAGAAGUAGAAGCGAUUCUCGAGAAAAUCUGGGACUUACACGACAAACUCAGCGACGCCAUUCAUUCCGUUUCGCGAUCUCAUUUUCUCGCUUCGGUUAAAACCGUAACGAACUCUUCUCAGACUAUAAACGACGCGGUUGCCACCGAAACGACACUAGACGGUGCUGGUUUUGUUUUCGUCAAGGACUUUCGGCCGCGGGAUGAGGAUGCUGAUGACGCUGUCAAUGAAGCCAAGAGUCUUAAUGCUAUAAGGACCGCGCUCGAGAAUCUUGAAGACCAGCUCGAGUUUUUCCAUACCAUUCAGACUCAGCAGCGUGUUGAAAGAGAUGCUGCAAUUGCUCGUCUGGAACAGAGUAGAAUUGUUCUUGCAAUGAGACCGGCGGAGCAUGCAGUACUACCAGAGGCUUCUUAG